AUGAUUAACCUCCAGAAAUCAUCUAUAACUUUUUUAAGGAAAACUCCCGAAGAUAUCCGAACAAGAGUCAAGACAACCCUGGGAAUUGAGAAGGAAAAAGGACACGGUAAAUAUUUAGGAUUACCUGAGAGUUUUGGCCGUCGGAAGAAAGAUCUCUUCACCAUGAUAGUCGACCGGAUCAGACAGAGAUUAAUCAAUUACUCCUCAAGAUUUCUCUCCGCAGCAGGGAAACUAACAAUGCUCAAAUCUGUCCUCUCUGCAAUCCCCACCUAUACAAUGUUCUGCUUCAAGCUCCCUGUAGGUUUAUGUAAACGCAUCCAAUCAACCUUAACAAGAUUUUGGUGGGAUGCGAAACCAGAAAAGAAAAAAAUGUGUUGGGUCUCGUGGGGGAAACUUACACAGAGUAAGAAGAUGGGAGGCCUUGGCUUCCGUGAGAUCCGAAGUUUUGAUGAUGGUUUGCUUGCAAAGAUAAAUUGGAGGAUACUGCAAUCCCCGAACUGCCUCCUCAGAGGUAAAUAUUGCCAUAAGCAAGACUUCCUCUCUAUUCCCAUCACCUCAAACUCCUCUCACGGGUGGAGAGGUAUCCUAAUCGGACGUGAUCUCCUGAAGAACCAACUUGGACGGGUAAUUGGCAAUGGCGAGGAGACUUCCCUCUCGGACGACCCGUGGCUCUCUCUAGACCACUCAACCAAGCCGUUUGGACCUCCAAACCUGCACGAUCAGACCAUGAAGGUCUCAGCCCUACUAAAUGACCAUACCAAAGAAUGGGAUAAGGUGAAGAUCCAAGAGACUAUUCCACAUUACAUGAAGGAGAUCCUAGCAAUCAGGCCAAGCAGACAAGGAGCACCCGACUCCUUUAUAUGGCUACCCACGAAAUCAGGCGAGUACUCAGUCCAAACUGGAUACCAUAUAGCAAUGGCCAUGAUGACGGACCCAGACCUACAACAAGAGCAACCUCAGAUCAAUUGGAUGCAAGAUAUUUGGCUCGCGAAAUGCUCACCUAAGAUGAAGGUUUUCCUUUGGAAGGUUGUACAAGAGGCCAUACCUUUGGGUGAGAACCUCUUGAACCGAGGUCUCAUCGACAAUGCAUGUUGCAUCCACUGCGGAGACCUAGAAACGACCAAUCAUCUCUUCUUCCACUGCAAAUUCUCCUCUAAGGUAUGGAAACUAUCUCCAUACAGUAAACCCAUUAACCCGAACCAUCUCCAAUCAUUCACGGCCACCCUUACCUCAUCCAAAUCGUGGAUCUGUCUCCCUCCUACGGGGAUCGGAGCCGGAACGCUCUUCCCGUGGAUUUGUUGGGCCAUCUGGAAGACCCGAAACCUCUUGCUAUUCGAAAAUCGACGAUUCACACCUGCGGAUACAGUAUCAAAGGCCAUAAGUGAAGCUCAGGAAUGGCAAUUGGCCCAAUACACCAAGCAAACAGCGGAUCGAAGCCCUAAUCAACCUAAUCCUCCAUUGUCACUACCAAAUACAAUUACCUGCUUUACAGAUGGAGCAUGGUGUAAGGAAACUGGAAUCGGCGGAUUCGGAUGGAUCUUCAACAACUCUGAAGGAUCGCAAAUGAGACGAGGACAAUCAGUGGAUCGAUGUGUCUCCUCUGCUCUGGUAACAGAAGCCCUCGCAAUCCGAUCGGCGCUACACCAAGCUCUAGAGGAGGGAUUCACUAACCUUCACGUCAAAUCAGACGCUCGUGACUUGAUCCGAGCUAUAAACCUGCAGGAGCAAGUCAAGGAGAUCUACGGACUCCUCUUUGACAUCCACGCUAUUGCGUCUAUGUUCACUUCUAUCGAUUUCACCUUUGUUCCCAGAUCGAGCAAUAUUGUGGCGGAUUCAAUCGCACGGGAAGCAAAAAGUCAUUUAAUUUUGCAUGUAGCUUCUCUCCGAACAGGGGACCCACCUUGUAUUUUGUGGUUGAGUUUUUAA